CCUCGCCGUGCAUCCAACAGCAUGAGAAACAACAAAAACAGCCCAUUUCUCUCCAACCUUCUAUAUGCACUUCUAUACGACGUCCUUGGCUGGCUUUGGUCGACGAUGUCUAUCGAGAAAGUCCCGGUUGUUGGCUCAGAAGACUAGCUUCCUCGCCAAAGACGUGCACACUCUAGCCAAUUAAGCACUAACCAAGACACAACUCCUGCGUCUCUUGACAGCUCCAGAAUCAUAGUACCUUGCACAAGAGCACGACGCCGAGAUACUAUCCCUUCGGUCUACAGAAAUCGACCUGCGCAGGACCAUAGACCAGCUUUCAUGAGAGGCGACAACCCUGUGCCAUCGCUCUAUCGCAAGUGCUCAGCUGAGAAUCAUUUUUCGCAAGACUAUGCUUCAAACUUUUGGCUCUCUGCCCUCCAAGCUCUCAACGACGACUUACGACAGAACAACGAGACUAUACGCCGCAGCCUAGAUGACAAGGGGGAAUCCCUCCGCUCAGGUUCGACAACUGCCUCGGACCAGAUUGUUGCUAGUAGGCGGAGCGGCGCGCACUCGAGUGAACAGUCCUGCUCUUGAAGCACGCAUCUAUGGGGCUCCAAGAGCAACUUGACGCCCGCGAUCACACCAUCUCUGGCCUCAGAGAUGCCCUUCAUGAUGCUCAGGACGGCCUUUUGAAGGAGCGGGAGUCGAAGGAGAUUGUCAAAGGCUCCUUAGGAGGUGAACGACGCUCGAGGAGAACGCGGAGGAUCUCCGGCGAAUGCGUACAGCUUUGGAGGAUAUUCAGGCGGAAAACGCACGUCUACGUAAAGCGUUAUCGGAUGCUCGCCUGAGCGUGCCACCGCAGGAGUCGUGAGGAGGCUUCGAUGUGACUAGGAUAUUUGGCGCUGGCCUACAUGUACACUAUCUACCUCAUGUCAAAC